AUGACCACGGGAACGGAGACGGGUAUGGCAGACGAAAUCACCAUUACAAUCGAUGGCGUUGAUGUUACGACCACGCCGGACAAGAUGGUCAUUCAGGCGGCGUCCGACGCAGGGAUUUACAUUCCGUACCUGUGCUACUAUCCCGGCAUGAAGCCGUUCGGCGCUUGCCGCAUGUGCGUGGUUACGGCAGAAGCGCCCGACCGCGAAGGCAACUACCGCCCGCUGCCGGGCAGUCCCGCUUCCUGCACGACGCCGGUGAUGCCAGGGAUGCGAGUAACGACCAACUCGGACGACAUCGUGGAACUGCGGCGCGGCAUCAUGGACUGCUCAUAUCGGAGCAUCCGCACGGCUGCCUGA